AUGCCCAGCACAUUAAGAGUACUACUGAGAAGCAUUGAUGCUGGCGGGAUAAUUGGCAAGGGAGGAGAGAAUAUUAAAAGAUUAAGGAAAAAGUAUGAUUGCCAAGUUCAACUCCCUGAUUCCUCCGGUAGUCCCGAGCGUGUCCUAACAGUUGUAGGUGAGCAGUUGAAUUGCGUUGGAGUGUUCGGUGAAAUAUUGGAGAAAGUUAAAAUCGAGGUAAGGAGACGUGAUUCUCAUUCUCCGUUAGAAGUUCAGAUACUGAUACCUCAACCUUUCAUGGGUACUAUCAUCGGGACUGGAGGUACUAAGAUAAAGGAAUUAAGGAAGAAAUCCAGUGCUAAUAUUAAGAUAUUCACAGAACCCAUGCCUUACUCCAAUGAACGCUCCAUCUCACUCUCAGGGAGUGAGGAUCAGAUAGUCGAGUGUGUCACGUUUUUCCUGCAAGAGAUCGGACAAAAUUAUCGUGGUGGUGGUGGAGGUGGGGGUAGAGGAGGAGGAGGAGGAGGAAGGUAUAGUGGUCCUCCUGGGGGCAGCCAUUAUUCUGGUGGAGGGGGCGGAGCCUCUAAUUAUUCAUCUGAUUCCGGCCCACCACCUGCCAAUGGUCCAUCUGGUCAAGCUCCACCUCCUAUUAAACAAGAGCCGGGUACAAUGGUCCCUCCCUCAGCCCCUCCCCCUGUAGUGCAGUAUCCUCACUCCAGUCCAGGCUCACAGCCUGGGGGCGGAGUCCAGUCCUCGUACAAUAAUUAUUAUUCAAAUACUUCAUAUAACCAGCCACCGCCUGUACCGCCCACGCACUCACAAUUACCUCCUCCAUCUAAUGCCCCUCAGAGUGGUGGUACUGGUUACACUCCGCCCAUUGCCCCGCCCACUGGGUACCCGCCCAUACAACAGUCUUAUAGUUCUGGUGGGUCCUAUCCUUCCGCCAGUCAAUCUGGUUAUUCGUCUCAAGGGGGCAGUUAUGGGUCUGGUACACCUGGAAAUUAUCAGUCCUCCAGCUCCUACCAAUAUUCUUAUUCAUCCCAGACCCCCUCCCAGGGGGCCCCUUCUCAGCAGCCCCCCUCUAAUUCCGGUUAUUAUUCCGGACAAUAUCACACGGGGCCUCCCCCUCAAGCCCCCUCAAUGUUCCCCUCGGCUGCUGCCAUGACAACGGGGUCUUAUGGGGGCGGGGCAGGAGGUGGAGACCAGUCCAGCAAACAAGUUACUAUACCUAAUGAGUAUGCUGAAGCUAUUCUUGGUCCAGGUGGUUCCAAUAUUCAAAAUAUUCGGUCCCAGUCUCAUUGUAGUGUGACUAUGGACAAUCAUUCUUCCGACGGAUCCCAAAGAAUCAUCACCAUUGUUGGAUCUGCCUCUAAUAUUGCUAUAGCUGAAGACAUGAUGAAAGAAAGUGUUAGGAGCAAGCACAAGAUUUAAAACACUAUAAUUUUGACUGAAACAUUUUUGUUGGUGACCUUUAUUAUAGUCACUUUCUUCCCCUUUUUUUUGUUAACGUACCGUAAUAGUCUUUAUUGUGAAAUAAACAUUAUGAAAAA